CUUAAAAUGCCAUCAAUGCUGAGUGUUGAAGACGUUCCCCAUAAAGGAGAUAUGUAAAUUCGGAGAAACAUUUUUUCAAAAAAAAUUCUGAGAAACAUCGAUAAAUUGGUAAUACUCCAAAAAAGCUGUUGCGAGUUCAGAGAUACACCACCACUCGGAGGAUAUCCGCUACUCCUUCGCCAGCCAUCUCUCAGCCGCUUUCCGCCGGAGUAAUCUCUCCGUGUUCGUCGGAGAAGACACCAUCGGCGCAGCAGUGACGUCGAAGAUAGAUUUUAGGUUACCAGAUGUGACUCAGUCGGCGAUUGAGGGAGCUAAGGUUUUUGUGGUGAUUUUCUCUGAGAGCGACGCGUUCUCGCCGCUCUUCUUGGAAACGCUCGUGAAGUUCUUGGAGCGGCGUAAAGACGGCCUGGUCGUGGUGGUUCCGGUCUUCUAUGGUGAUGUCACUCCAUCGAUCGUUGAGCAACAGAUCGGAGAGGCUUUUUCCAAGCAACUGAGUUUAUGCUCCAACCAAGAACUGCUAGCAAGAUGGCGGAACGGUCUGACUGAAGCGGCGAACUUACAAGGCCAUAAGUCAAAUGAGCAACGAAAUGACUCGGAGUUAGUGGAAGAGAUUGUUGCAGAUGUGCGCGAGAAGCUGUAUCCAACAGGUAAGAUCGGAUUUUACAAAAGGUUCGUCGGUAUUGAAAACUUGCUUCGCAAGAAAUCUGGUGACAUCUACCGGCUAGGGAUAUGGGGUAUGCCUGGCAUAGGCAAGACUACCAUCGCUCAAGCAGCCUUUAACCUAAUGUCUCAAGACUUUGAAGCUUAUUGCUUCCUCGAAGACUUCCACGUAACUUUUCAUGAGAAAGGACUAUACAAACUACGGGAAGAGCAUUCCAUCGCCAAACUAAGAGAUAAAACAGUUCUUGUUGUUCUUGAUGAUGUGCGCAAUCCCAUGGAAGCCGAGUCUUUCCUUGGAGGAUUUGAUUUUUUUGGUCUCGCAAGUUUAAUAAUCAUAACAUCCCGAGAUAAACAAGUUCUUCACCAGUGUCAUGUUGAGGGUCUUUACGAGGUACCAGCCUUAAACAAGAAGGAAGCUCUCAAGUUAUUCAACCGGUUCGCGUUUCCGGAAAAAGAACCAAGUGAUGAUAGUAAUCUAGUGGAAAUCUCAAAGAAGGUCGUUGAGUAUGCUAGUGGAAAUCGUACAGCUCUCUACUCCUAUGGCAAAGAGCUGAACGGGAAGACGAAGCUGGAAGAAAUGGAAGUUGAGUUCGAAAAGAUCAAGCGAUAUCCUCCACAGGAGAUCAUUGAUGUGUUCAAAAGCAGCUAUGAUACGCUCACCGACCACGAGAGGAGCAUCUUUCUUGAUAUUGCUUGUUUCUUUAAAGAUGAAAAUUUGGACUACAUCUUGCGAAUACAUGAAGGUUGUGGUUUUUUCCCUCACGUUGGAAUUGACCGUCUCGUUGACCAGUCUCUAUUGACGAUAUCAGAGGACAAAAAGGUGGAGAUGCAUAACUUGAUUCAGGAUGUUGGUCGAGAAAUCGCCAGAACAGAAACUAGCCAGACCGCAAGUCGUUGCAGAAUGUGGGAACCGUCAAGCAUCAAGUCAUUACUAGAAGACAGCGAACCUAAGGAAACUGAAAUUAUUGAAGGAAUAUUUCUUGACACGACCAACAUAAACAUUGAUGUUAAUCCUUUGGCGUUUGAGAAUAUGUAUAAUCUUAGGCUGUUGAAGAUUUAUAGUUCAAGCUCUGAAGCUGCUCAAAAACUCCAUUUCCCUGAGGGACUAAAAUGUUUGCCUUAUGAGCUCAAGCUAUUUCAUUGGGAAAAUUAUCCGUUGCGAUUGUUGCCCCAAGAAUUUGAUCCAAACCACAUUGUUGAAAUCAAUAUGCCUAAUAGCCAGCUUCAAAAACUCUGGGAAGGAACCAAGAGUUUGGCGAAGUUGAAGAUAAUAAAUCUUAGUCAUUCUCAUCAACUAGAUGAAGUUGAUGAACUCUCGAAGGCCUGUAAUCUUGAGCAAAUGGAUCUUCAAGGUUGCACAAGUUUGGAGAGCAUCCCAGACACUGACCGGCUAAAGAAUCUUGAACUUGUGAACCUCUCUGGUUGCACAAGAAUCAAUCGUGCAGAGAUUGAAAAGAAGAUAAAAGGACUGGAUCUAGAAGGUGGAUUGAAAGAAACCAAAUCUGGAUCAAUGGUGUUCUCCACGUUAGUAACGCUGGAAUUUAAGGAUAACAAAAAGAGCUUUUGAGAUUACAGAAUUUUAUAAACUUAAAUGUUGGAAUACCUUUGAGUCUCUCAAAAUUGUAAACUUCCUAAAUAAAAUUCUGAAUAAUUUAGGGAAACUAAGUGAAAAC